AAUUGAGAGGCUCUGAUGCCAAUUCGAAGCAGACGUGGUUUAAGAAAGUUGCAUAAGGUAUUGGAGGAUUGGAUUAGUGAAGACUGGGGCGAUUCUAGUGAUAGCGACGAUAUAUUUCUCCCACGAAGAAGCAAUAGAAGCAUGGUAAGAACCAUGGAAAGCAGCAAAUCGGACGCGGCGUCCAGUUCUACUAGCGAACACGUCGCAACUUCAUCCGAGGACGAACGAAUAUCAUCCAGAAUGUCAAAUGCAUCUUCAUCGGCCACUGAUCAACUUCCUCCACCACCUAAAUACGAAUCGGUUAUCCAACUUCCCGUGAAAGACUAUACAGCUAGUAGCGAGAGGUCGUGGGAUAGAGAGGUAAAUAGGCUUGUCGAUGAUUUUGACCGUAAAUGCUCUUCACCCAUGAGAGACCAAGGACGGUUUUCAACUCUUCCUAGUCAGAAACGUGUAUCAUCAGGAGCACAUAGCUUUGCCCAUGAGGAGUCAACGAGUAGCAGAGGAUCUAUCUCGCCACCAAGAUCAAAUUCAGCACUUGGGGCUGACCGCGACUUUGACUGGGAUAGGCGAUUGCUUUCUAAAGAUGAUUUUUUUCGAGAUAGUCGUUUGAGUCGUCGUCGGCCUUUCGGUUCUUCUUUCGGAGGCAUGAGGUCGGCGUUUGGGGAGGACAUUGACAAUUUUUUUGGAAGAGGUACAUUUAGCACGGACUGGGAUACUUUUUUUCCAGAAAUUUCUUUUUCUGACUUCGGACGAGGUUCUAGUUUGACCAGCAGGAGCGAGACCAAGUCACGUGGUUUGCAACCCAUUGGCCAUUUUGAGGACUUCAAAGUAGAAGUAGACGUACAAGGAUUCGAACCGCAUGAGCUGUUGGUUAAAACAGCAGGACAGAGUCUAUUGGUGAUGGCAAAAUCAGAAGCCACCAAUGGCGAUGGUGGCGUGUCUAGCAGGAAUCGCGAGUUCAGAGAAUUGAGGAGAGAAUUUACCAUACCAUCCAACGUUAACCCCACUGAUAUUACUUCUAACCUUACGCCUGAGGGAGUAUUAGUAAUCGAGGCACCAACUCGGGAGAAGAUUGCAGCGAUAGCGAGCGAAGCAGAAGCUAAACACAAGACAAACAACAAUAUCGGAGAUUGACUUUUAUUAUGACAUUUAUGUGCAAAAUGGACGUCAAAAACUAUCGGGCCUUGCCCAACAAAGUGAAUGAUAGUGACAGUACAGCGACGUGAUGCGACAAUUAAAUUUUUUUAUUGCUAUCAAAUAACCAAGAUUUAGCAGAAAAUGAACAAUAAAAUAACAUUAGUGUU